AGAUUUUCCCCAUCAAUAAAAAAAUCCAGGGGCCCACCUUGUUUUUCCCCACCGUCCGAUCGUAAUCACGAAGUCGAGAACAAAACACUCUAAAACCAUCCAUCGUCCCUCAUUGUUAUAUCCAAACAGGACACGUACGGCCAAUAUUUUUCAACGACGUAGACGACGACGACGACUAAGAAGAAGUGAGAAGCAGAAAGAAAAGGGUAGUCUAUGGAGGUUCCGAUACUAUCAUUGAAAACGACGUCGUACUUUGGUUCAUUUUGCGUUUCUUCUUCCGCAUCGAAUGUUAAGUUGCUUUGUGAAUUUGGGGUGAGGAAGAGGAGCAUGCCGGUACGGUGCGCGAAGGCAUCCGUGGAACGGAGUGGUGAAAAUGUGAUUAAAGAGAGAGAAAGGUUUAGUGGAAGUGCUAUGGAAGUGACAUCACUGGAUCGGAGCUUUGGUGAAGCUGCGGAUUUUCCCGUUUGGGAUAAGAUUGGUGCUGUUGUUAGACUCAGCUAUGGAAUCGGGAUAUAUGGAGCAAUGGCUCUAGCUGGGAGGUUUAUAUGCUCAAUUACUGGAAUUGACAGCAUGGGAGGUUUUCAUCCUUCAUUAGAUGCCAUUCUUGAAGGACUUGGCUAUGCAGCUCCUCCGAUCAUGGCCCUUCUUUUCAUAUUAGAUGAUGAAGUAGUGAAAGUAUCUCCUCAUGCUCGUGCAAUAAGAGACGUUGAGGAUGAGGAAUUAAGGAGCUUCUUUUAUGGAAUGUCACCUUGGCAGUUCAUACUUAUGGUUGCUGCCAGCUCAGUCGGAGAGGAGCUUUUCUACAGGGCUGCUGUUCAGGGAGCAUUGGCUGAUAUAUUCCUUAGAGGCACUGAGUUGGUUUCGGAUACUCGAGGAAUGGCGUCGCUGACUGGUGUGCUGCCACCGUUUGUCCCAUUUGCUCAGGCAUUUGCAGCUGUAAUAACAGCUGCUCUUACAGGUUCUCUUUAUUAUGUGGCUGCCUCUCCCAAAGAUCCUACUUAUAUAGUUGCACCAGUAAAACGAUCUCGUUCUGCUCGUGAGGAACUGAAAAAGCUAUUCACAGCCUGGUAUGAGAGGAGACAAAUGAAAAAGAUCUACUCACCCCUUUUGGAAGGAAUAUUGGCCCUUUACCUUGGAUUUGAAUGGAUAGAGACAAACAAUAUUCUUGCACCUAUUAUCACACAUGGUAUAUACUCCGCAGUCAUAUUGGGACAUGGUCUUUGGAAGAUACAUGACCACCGGCGUAGGCUACGCCAGAGAAUUCAACAGCUUGAAUCAGAAGGAAAGAACUCAAACAAACUAUGAGGAGCUGUUGAUGAGUAACAACUGAGGAAU